AUGCUCACGCCCAGUAGUGCUGCUCACGGGAAGGAAAUGUCAAAGAAAGUCUUGGACCAGAUGCUCGAACUGUGCACCGACGAGCACACGGGUUCGACACUAACACAAUUUGCAACCACUGGAAUGUGCUGGUCAUUGACCAAUCCAAUGGAAUUUGCUCCGCUCUUUGACGACGCGACACACCACCUUCACACGAAGUUUGUGACCCUGCUGAGAAAGAUAGCUGCCUUCAGCAUGUCGCACUCGGAUUUUGUGUCGCUGCUGCGAUCUGUGGCAGGUCCUAUUCUCAAGGACGAGAGCGUGGGUCGUAUCAGGCUCCCUGUGAUCAGUUCGUCCGUCGCUCGUUCCGCACCUCAGCCUGCGCUUUUAAGCACAUCAUCAGAAGCAUUCAAAGAAAAGGACGAUGACUUUUGCAAACGCCUGAAGUCGCUCUGUGUGAUUGCAGAAAAGGGCGACCGGGCUCCUUUGUGUCGAGUGGGUGGUGACACAAUUAACACCAUCGCCGUGCUACUGCACCAAACAAAGCUCGAGGAAAGACUGUAUGCUUGUGCUCAUGAGGGGCGCCUCAAAUUCAUGGAGAUUGAGAGCAUUGAUGGCUCCGCCCUUACCUCCGAAGGAUUGGCUUCCGCAGGCACAGUCGCACCAGUUUCCGGCCAGGGUAGUGAAAGAGUUUGGACGCCGCUGGCUAACUCAGGAUUCUCGUACUCGAUGUGGCUACGACACAGUGCGAUGGGCAAAGAUAAGACUCUUGGAAAUUUGUACGUGCUGGAUAUCUCGAGUCCUGCUUCAGCGCAAACCGACGGACAGAGCUCUGUGUUCCUUUCGGUUUGGUACGACGUUCAAAACAUGACCUUCAACGUCGUUACUUCAGCUUCAAACAAGAGUGAUCCCAUCAGCUUUCCAGUAUCGCCGUUAACCCCAGAUGUCUGGCACCAUAUCUUAUUGACAUUCACUCCGCCAAAGAGGCAAGGAAUGAUGUCGAGGAAGGCCAUGUUGAAUCUAUUUGUUGAUGGACGUCCACUGGAGGCUGAUGUGAAGGUGGAGAGUGUCAAUCUGCCCCCAAACUCUAAGGUCAUCAUCGGUGCCCCAAAUCCAACUUUGGCAACCAGCGGCAUUAUCAGAGGGUCCAUGCCUCACUGGGAAGUUGGAUCUGUGUUGAUGCUCUCAACCAUCUUGCUGGAUUUGGACGCAACGGCAAUCUUCACGUUCGGCCCAGACUUUCCCGAGGAAGUGUUGCGAGUGCUUUGCGACGCCGAGACUUGUCCAGAUUGGAGGUGGCUGGCCUGA